AUGGCGACACUUGCUGACGAACUCCUCAACGACUUUGACGACGACGGCGACGAGAAUGACAACCAAGAAAACGGUUUUCAGGAUGGCGAAGCAGCGGACGGCGAGCACGCGCGUCAUCCUAGCCCAGAUCCAGGGCGUGAUGAAGAUGAAGAAGAGAUGGAAGAUGUCGAUGAAGAGCUCGCUGCUAGAGAAUUAGGCGCCUUCGGAACCGCCGAGGAUAAUGAGGAAACAAAAGCCAAGGUCGAGAAGAUGCGACUCGGAGGUGUUCGUGAUGUGAGAAGUGUUGCCGGCUUGAUGAACACGCUGGAGCCAGUAUUAGAGAAAAUAGCACAUUACCAGAGCAUACCCCCGGAACAACGGACAACAACAGUUGGGUCGGUCGAGGACAACCCCGAAUAUGCCCUUCUCACCCAGUCCAACUCCCUCUCCACGCAGAUCGACAGCGAAAUCAUUCUUGUCCACAAGUUCAUCCGCGACCAUUACUCAACCUGCUUUCCCGAGUUGGAAACCCUCGUCACCAACCCGCUUGACUAUGCGAAAACGGUGGCGAUUAUCAAGAACGGUCCGCUGGACAAUAUAAAACGCAUAGCCGAGUCAUCGGACAACAUAGUCGGGACCCCUCUCCGAUCUAUCCUAGACGGUCCUACUUUGAUGGUUGUUACUGUGGAAGGUACAACGACAAGAGGUCAAGAUCUGAGCGAGCAGGAACUUGAAACGACAUUGCGUGCAUGCGAGAUGACGAUAAAGCUGGACAGAGCCAAGAGAGUUCUGACCGAAUAUGUUCAGUCACGCAUGAAUGUCUUUGCGCCGAACCUGACCGCGCUGAUUGGAUCAUUGACGGCAGCUCAAUUACUCAAUUUUGCUGGUGGUCUUAAAGGGCUGGCAAAGACACCUGACCGCAACAUUCCGGCUAUGGGCACAAGAAAACAGAAACAGAGCGGGCUAGCUACAAACGUUGGCAUUCGACAACAAGGCUUCCUCUACCACUCACCACUCAUACAAGAAAUUCCGAAUGAUCUUCGAGUUCAGGCAAUGCGUAUCGUGUCAGGCAAGCUAGUUCUUGCCGCACGAGUGGACAGUGUACAUCAAGCUCCCGAUGGAUCGACGGGAGAACAACUCCUCAACGAGUGCUUACGGCGGUUGGACAAGUUGACCGAACCACCACCAAACAGAGGCGUCAAAGCUCUGCCCGCACCAGACGAUAAGCCGAGCAGAAAGCGUGGGGGGAGGAGGGCUCGCAAGGCCAAGGAAGCGACAGCCAUGACUGAAUUGCGAAAGCAACAAAACCGCAUGGCAUUCGGCAAGGAAGAAAGGGAAGUGGGCUAUGGCACUGGCGAAGAGACGAUAGGACUUGGCAUGAUCGGUGCACAAAACGAUGGUCGCAUACGUGCCACGCAAAUUGACCGUCGUACGAUGGCCAAAUUGAGUAAGAAAAAUCCCGGCUGGGGCGUUGGCGGUACAGCGACCAGUCUGAACAGCGGCACGGCCACAUCAUUGCGAGGCUUUGGCGCUGCAGGAAAUGUCACCGCGUUGAGAGCCCAAGGCCUUCGUACGAGCGGUGUCGGGGCCGGCACAGCAAGUUCGAUUGCCUUCACUCCUGUUCAGGGGCUCGAGUUGGUCGAUCCCAAGUUGCAGGCUGAACUCAAGAGGAAGCGUGAAGCUGAGGGUGCUGGAUACUUCUCCACUGGCACGUUCACCCAAGUGAAUGCUGCAAAGUCAGAAGGCGGGUUCAAGGUACCGGGGCUGCCAGCUGCGAAGAGAACGAAUAUGGGUCCUCCCGCAUCAGUCAGAUGA